UCAGGUGCCUUUUUGAUCCCGUACUUCAUAAUGCUGGUAUUUCUGGGUCUGCCACUGUUUUAUAUGGAGUUAGCCCUCGGACAGUUUCACAGAAGCGGUGCUAUACUUAUUUGGAAACAACUUUGUCCGGUGUUUACAGGUGUUGGUUUUGCAAUAUGUUUAGUAGCUACAUACGUCGGAAUGUAUUACAACACAAUUAUUGCAUGGGCACUCUACUAUCUCAUAGCAUCAUUCAGGUCAGAAGUCCCGUGGGCCAGUUGUGAUAAUGAGUGGAACACACCUCAUUGUUACUCUAUAACACAUGAAAACAACCAGAGCUUUAUUGAUAACCAAACGCAUCCCUCCGCAUUCGAAUACUUUUAUUUUAGCGUCCUAGAGGCUCAAAAAUCAAAUGGCAUUGAAGAUAUUGGUGGAAUAAAAUGGCAAUUGUGCUUAUGCCUCAUGGGCGUUAUGAUGACCAUAUACUUUGCCCUGUGGAAGGGAAUCAAGUCAUCCGGAAAGGCUGUAUGGGUAACAGCAACAGUACCAUAUGUCGUUCUCCUGGUUUUGUUAGUUAGAGGCGUGACGUUGCCCGGGGCAGACGUUGGUAUCAAGUAUUACGUCACGCCUGUGUGGAGCAAACUUCUGGACAGUGGCGUGUGGCUUGAUGCGGCUGCUCAGAUAUUUUUCAGUCUUGGACCAGGAUUUGGAACACUUCUGGCUUUAUCGAGCUAUAAUAAAUUCAACAAUAACUGUUACAUGGACGCAAUGUUGACGGCAGUAAUAAACUGUUUGACAAGUCUACUGGCUGGAUUUGUAGUGUUUUCUGUACUCGGAUACAUGAGCUAUCGUUUGAGUAUACCCAUCGAGGAUCUGGCGGUAGAAGGUCCAGGUCUAGUUUUCUACGUGUACCCGGAAGCGAUUGCGACACUGGAUGGAUCUGUUGUUUGGUCAAUCAUAUUCUUCGUCUUGCUCAUUACACUUGGACUGGAUAGCAGUUUCGGAGGUUUGGAGUCAGUUAUUACAGCAGUUUGUGAUAUGAGCCCAAAACUGGCAUCCAGACGAGAGCUUGUUACCUUAUGUGUGGUCAUUUAUUGUUUCCUUGGCGGACUUCCUACCACAACUUACGGUGGGCAGUACAUUAUUACAUUAAUGGACACACAUGCUGCACCGGUUGCUCUCAUUGCUAUUUGUUUUAUCGAAGCAAUCUCAGUCAACUGGUUCUAUGGUGUCCAAAGGUUUUCGAACGACAUUGAAGAAAUGUUGGGAUUUCAACCCGGGUUAUACUGGAAGAUAUGCUGGGCUGUCCUGUGUCCACUGUUUCUGUUUGUCUUAUUUAUACUCUCCAUAUUCGCAUAUGCGGGGCUGUCGCUGGAUGCAUAUGUUUUCCCGGCGUGGUCAGAGGUUGUUGGUUGGUUAAUUACCGUCAGUUCAUUGUUGUGUAUACCCGCUUAUAUGAUCUACAGUUUGAUCGUCACACCUGGAAACAUUCAACAGAAAUUGGUGAGAAUGUUUCGGCCGUCAGGAACGUUACAGAUGCCCGAUUAUUACAGGACGGUAAAUGGAAAUGGCGUAGUGCACGUAAACUCGUCAGAGUUAGUUCCCUUUCAUCCCGAUUAUAAGGGAGUAAACAUAAAUAUGACAAAUUAUAAUGCUUUCAUCAAAGAUGAUAACACUGUUACACAAGAUAAUGAAAAUACAAACCUAAAUGAAAAGGAAACAGUGGAAGAAAACUGUCCAAAUGGCGGAUUUAAUACUUAUGGAACAAAAGAUAUUUUGGAAAAUGGCAAUAUAACUACUGUUCAAGAUACUUAAUGUACAAAAUGUAGAAACAUUGACGAGGAUUCGGGGAGAAUCUGCAUACAAAUGGAAGCAUUGAAGUGUAUUAAUUAGUGCAUAAUCUUGUGACAAGAAGUUAUUAUCUUUGAUCAUUUUGUAUGUACAAAUUUGAACUGUAAACAGAGGUACAUUUUUACAUACGGAUUAUGUUUAUGUUCCGAUACAAUGGUGUUAUUUCAACAAAAAUCAGGUGAAAAUAGUUUGUGCAAUAUUUCUUCAUGGAAUAUGAAAAUAGUUUUCUUUCACUAAGUACUUUAUAAGAAUGUAUUCAUUUAUUUAAUGAUUUAAUGUCACGAUAAAUUAGUAUCCGAGUUUGUAAAUGUCCCGAUUGAACAUGUUAAAAUAAGCAACAUCUACAGCACAACUUUCUGUAGUGCAAUUACCUCUUUACAGCGACAGUAUUAUUUCUACCCAAAGUAAAACUUGACUCUUAAAAGUAGUACCUCUCUGUAACAACCAAUAUAUCUGUCAGCCAAAGGGCGUUGGUUUGCAGGGAUUGGAAUGUAGACACUUGCUAAGACAAUGUAUAUUAAAGCUCCGUUCGUUCACAGCAGCUAGGAGCAAUACAAAUACAUGUAUGUGCUGCAUGUCACCUGAGGAAACACGUGCAUUUUUAACAAUGAACACUAAGGUAUAAAUCGCAUCUUGUCGUAAAUAGGAGGGAUACGAUAAUGUCCGGUUAUCUGAAACAAAAGUUUAUAUUCUUCCUUUAAAUCAAAUCUGAUUGCCCAUUUAUUUAUCAAUUUCAGGGAAACACCAGAUCAAGUUACUAAAUUGUUACAUUCGUUACUUACGCAGAGAGAGUAAAAGUGGCAUGCCGCCAGAUUUUUUACAUUCAUUUUGUAAUAUUUAGAAUAUCAAAUUCAAAAAAAGAAUUAAAUUACUGGUAAAAUUUUUUUUUUAUAUUUUGUAUUAAAUAUUAGUUAUAAAGCAUUAUCUAUAAACUCAAUCUGACUAAAGUUCAGAUCUAUUUAUUUCUUACAUGCAGAUCUGAUUACCACCGUAUAUGUUUCGCCUUCAUUGUGAUUCGGAUUUCCCGAUAAAGAUAAUUUUAACCAUGCAAUCAAACCGGUUUAGGUAAAGAAAGGCAUUAGAAGAAGUAUCAAAAUUUCGUUGUCCGUGGAAGUAAAACAAAUUGUUUAUUUUUGUUAGAAAAAAAUGUUUGAUGUAAUUUGAAACAAGUGAACCGAAAAUAAAAGUCUCAAUUUUUAAUGGACAAUAUUGUUUUGCCAGUUUACCUGCAGGGUAUAUGGACAACGCCGUGUUUGUUCUCUCGAAAUCGUGAAAAGUACCUACUUGGUAUUGGUUUUCCAGCGGUUAAAAAUAGAAAACUCGUCCCUUUCAAAAUUAUGAAAACUCACCAAUGAUUGGCUGUUUAAAAAAUGCAAGAAGGUGAUAACCUAUUGGUGAUCAUCAGAUCCUAAUGCCUAACCGGUCAAAAACUUUACAUACAUUACCUCUAGUUCGUUUCGAGCGUUUCAAAUAAUUCUACCUCAAAUACUAGUACUACUUCAAGCACAUGAGAAUACUUUACGUAUUGAUAUGCUAUGAUAAAUAGCCAAUCAAUGAUUGAGAAGAAUCUGGUAGCGUGCCACUUUAAACAAUGAUGUAUUAUUUUUAUUCAGUUAAUAAACGAAGAAAGAACAGAUCUUCAUAAGUU